GACAGCGACUCACCGCUUCUACGAGCCAUCCGUAACACCCUCCGGGCAUCCCGAGGCACUCAAGACUCUUCAGUCCAAUCCUCGUUAUACACCCCUUAUGGAGCGUCUGGUCCAGAAAGCGGCGAAGAGCUUCUCGCUUGGGACACCCAUACUGUAUCGCUCAGUCAAGGUGGUGUUCUUCGGAAGAAAUGGUCUUUCACUGAUCCAGUCCAGUGGGCGUGUAUCGGUUCAUUCAUUCAACCUAGCCAAGUGACCUCUUCCACCCCCUCCACCCCCGCGUAUUACAGGGAAGAUCCUAGCGAGAAGCUUCCUGAUAUAGAACCCGACACCAAACCCACGUUCGGGCCCUACUCUCAGUCUCGUAUGGAGAAGAAGCGCGAAGAAGAUCCGGAAGUUCGCACUCGGGGAGUCUUCAUCUUCCUUCGCGGCAUGGCCAAAAUCUACCUCAUGAACGGGCUGGAGCAUACCUUGAAUCUCCCUUUCAUCGUCCGACGGGCGUGGCCGGUCCAACCUUGCGGGCUCUUCAUCCAGCGCGUGGUCGAGUCUUGGGAACUCGAAGAGAACAAGCAAUCCGGCGCAGAGCCACUGACGACGAUCUUCACUCUCACUACUCCCUUCGCCGAACCCUCCAUCAUCGGAAUCACCGAGGGUAUCUGUGGCGGCUUCGAUACUCAGCCACUGCUGAUGAGGUCCGACUUUGCGGCCGGGCAAGGCUCUCUCCCUCCUGACGAGCGUAUUCUCUGGGUGUCAACAGAACCCCGGAAUUUGAUGCCUGGUUUGAUUGUCACCCUCAACGUCGACUUGAACCGGCUGACUGUCUGGAGAUAUGUCUAUGCCUCUCCCUCGAUCCGCACAAAGGUCCCACACUCGACACAAGGGGCCCAUCCAAGCCACCAUCCAAAGCGCACUUCCAUGUCCGGAAACACAUCUGCCCACUUGCGCCACGCUAAUGCAGCUACAGACGACCUACGCCUCUCGCCAGACAAAGCAGCUGCAAAACGCGGUGGUGUCCCGUCCGGGCUAGCGCCUACUCUGACAACGACUACCACGAUGGCGGACCUCAUGGGCGAUGGUCUUGUUGGCAGUGGUCUCGUUGGCGGCGCAAUUUCCCAGUCGCAAUGGAACUUGCCCAUCAAGUUCCCGGUCGACCCCUCUGGCAAGUUCGAGUUGAGUGCGACUCUGAACAAGAUGGCCCUUCAGGAACCGGUGAACCUGGAAGAUGUGCCCGACCCCGCCGAAGAAGAUCGCCUGAAGCCUCUUUAUUGGGCCGAAAAGCUUCGCGAGGAGAUCAUUCCGGAAUCUGCGACCGCGGAUUGCGACAACAUUACCGUCGCCAUGUUCGAUCAGCGCUGGGCUGGUAAGGUGCCUAGAUCCCGCCUAGGUAUAUGCCUUCCUGCCACCGGUGAAGCACUGCUCUACGAGUUGGCGUGGGACAAUCAAGGUUUUCUGAGUAUGCACCCAACAUCCCGGAUACAAGCGAACGCCAUCUCCCCCAUUAUCGCCACCCGCGAGAUGAUUGUCGACUUGUUGGUGCUCAAGCCUGACAGUUCUCUUGCGCUGCUGACCCACGGGACGUACGAGUUACCUUUGGACUUGAGGCUUCCUACCACCUCUGCGAGUGUCGACCCUAGACACAGACGGCGGAUCACUGGGUUUUCUCAUGCUCUCGAUAAAGCGGUCACCUUGGAGCUCUCGGAUGCUUCUUCCCUUCGCAUUUCUCUUGAUCUUACCUUGCGGGAUAGUUUGGUCAGGGAUGCCUUGCACAUGCUCGCUUUGACAAUCCCUGCGGAUCCUUUCUUCGCCCUACACCAGUCAAUAUUGCGACGGUGGUCCUUAGCAAGGUACUCGUGUAUAGAGGGCGUCGAACUUCAAGUUUUCGAAGAAGCGCUAUGGGAGGUUCUCGAUCUUACGCCUGGCGAACGGCUGGACAGCCCAGCAUACGCGGGGGGUGCAGCGUGGCAAAAGCUGGCGGCGAACGAAUCGAUCGCGAGGUUCCGGGAAGACCCUGCAUUGCGGAGGCUGCAUCUGCCUGGCUCGUCGACGAGCGACGCACCCUUCCGGAAGCCUUCGCAAAAGCCGACCGCCAUGCAUGCUGCAGUGUUGCAUGCGCUUCACCACGUCGCCGAGGACAGGCGACUCACCGUCUGUACCUUCGUGGACGUCCCGAGACUCGCUCCCCUGAUCUGUCGACUUGCUAUGAUCGUGCGUCCGGAAUGGGCGGAUUACUGGAAGCGUCUCUGUCCGAACGCGAUGCCCAUUUGGCCUCCACAGUCCAUGACAGUGCUCGACCACGUCUACGAACGACUGCCGAUUUGGCCUCCAGACAUGACGGCGAUCCUAUACGGCCGACUGAACAACCCCGAAUGGAAGAUCCCUUGGUCCAACAGCCUGAACUUUGGAGCACGCUUCGAACUGGAGCCUUCAUGUGCUUUCGGUCGGCUGGACCCCCUCCUGCGGACGUCUUCGAUGGCCGCGCUCUACAAGAUGCUAACCGAUCACUCCUGGGAAGGGCGGCCGCUAAACACGCGCUCACGCGCCGUGGCGUCUCUCCAGCUUUUGGACGUCAUGAAGUUCAAGCUCCAGGACUUGCAACAUUUGCCUCUGGGUAUCGCCUCCCCGAUACGUGAAGCCCUGCGGACGUGCCAGCUUUCUCCGGGCGGCGACUGGUCCGUAGCGGCGUACCGGCUGAUUGGCCGCAGCGACCUUGCGGAAGGAUUCACCGACAAGCCAGCUAUUGCUGUGAACAAUGGCUACCGCUCCGUCAGGCAAUUCCUUGUGAGUGGCCAGUGUGCCAUGCAGUUCGGGAUUCAACCGAUCACGGAGGCGUUUCAGCACCCGACGAUGGGACGGAAGUCGUCGCAGCAAGUCAUCGAGGAUGUACAGCGCGCGGUGUCGGGGGACCACAGCAAGGUCACGGGCGUCGAGUUCGACUUGGACGACUUCAUGCGGAUGCGCUUUGGACAGGAUCGGCGGCUCGAGGACGUUGCGCGGUUGCUGUGUUCCGCGAACGUGCAUUACGUGCGCACACCCGAUCGCCCUGAAGCAAACGAGGCAGAUCAGAUCAGGGACCAGCAACUCACCGUGCAUCGUAUCACGGAACGUAUCCUCGCCCUCCCCUUGGGGAGAGCAGUGUUCACCUUCGGGUCCAUGCACACGGUGACGAAGGAGUCGUUCGCCAUUCCUAAGAUGGAGUUCUCAGUGCGGGUGCAGCCUGCGAACAUCUUAUACUCACAGGAAAUCCUGAAGAUGCCUCCCGAGUAUUUCAGCUGGGGUGAGUUCCAUAACGGCGUCGCGGCGGGGCUUCGGAUAUCCUCGCAGGCCCAGACGAUCGAGAGCUCGUGGAUCAAGUUCAACCGACCUUCAGAGCUGACACCGGAGCAUGCUGGGUUCCUCUAUGCGCUCGGGCUUACGGGGCACCUCAGAGAGAUGCUGACCUGGCACACAUUUGGUUAUCUCACCCCGAAGCACGACAUGACUUCCAUUGGCGUACUCCUGGGUCUUGCCGCUGCGAACGUAGGGAGCAGCAACAAGCACGUCACGAAGCUGAUCGCCGUCCAUACUCCCGCUCUGCUUCCCACUCCAGAUGUCGACCUCAACGUACCACUCAUCACGCAGGCGGCAGGUCUCAUGGGCAUCGGUCUUCUCUAUCUUGGGACUAAACACCGUAGGAUGGCGGAGGUCUGCUUGAACCAGAUCAGCCGACGGGAUCUCUACCAACCGGACAUCAGCAACGAGUAUCGCGAAGCGUACACCCUCUCCGCUGCGUUGGCCUGUGGCAUGGUCCUUCUGGGCAAGGGCACGUCGACCCCGGCGGACCUCGUCAUCCAGAACCGGCUCCGUCUCCUGAUCCAUGGCGAGCCGCGCCUGGUCGAGAACGGCAAGCCUCGCCGACCGACGUUCGAUGUCAACAUUACGUCCCCGGCCGCUACGGUCGCGCUCGGUCUGAUGUACCUGCGCACGGAGCGCCAGGACGUGGCAGACAUCUUGGCGAUCCCGUAUACGCUGGAGGGCCUGAACUCGAUCCAGCCAAACUUCCUCACCGUGCGCGCGAUGGCACGCGCGAUGAUCAUGUGGGACAAGAUCACACCCACGAAGGCGUGGCUCAUGGCGCAGCUGCCGCGCGUCGUCGUGAUGGCCAUGGACUCGCGCUUCCGCGGGAAGCGGGUGGACGACGCGUUCGAGCUCGCGUACUACAACCUUCUCGCGGGCUCGUGCUUCGCAAUCGGCUUGAAGUAUGCGGGGAGCGCGAGGGAGGAGGCGUACUGGCUGCUUCUGCAGUACUGGGAUAUGUUCAGCCAGGUGGCUUUUGCGAACGGUAUGGCGUAUGACCAUCGCAUCAAGCGGUCCGCCUUGCGAGAAGGAUUGAACCUGAUCUCUCUCGCUGUGGGCAUGGUCAUGACUGGAAGCGGAGAAGUCAACUGUUUGCGGCGGCUCCGCUAUGCGUAUGGCGUACACAACACUAGCGUGAGAUACGGGUGCUUUACCGCUACGAGCAUCUCCAUCGGUCUCCUUUUCCUUGGCGGCGGACGCUACACGCUUGGGACCUCCGACGCGUCCAUCGCAUGCCUCGUCGCGGCGUUCUACCCUCGCUUCCCCCAGAACCCGGCAGACAACAAGGCCUACCUGCAAGCAUAUCGACAUCUCUGGGUCUUGGCGAUGGAGCCGCGCUGCCUGGUGGCCCGAGACGUCGACUCGAAGGAGAUUGUCUACCUCCCGAUCAAGGUCAAAGUCAAAGACACGAACCUAAUCGGCACAGCGCAGCUGAUUGCUCCGACUCUCGUCCCGGAGAUUGACAGGGUGCUCUCGAUCAGGGUGGACACCCCCCGGUACUGGCCGUUCUACCUGGACGUGGCCAACUUCGCGCGCCAUAGAGAAUCGUUGUUGCGGAGCCAGACACUCUUCGUGAAGCGUCGGACCGCCUUCUUGACAUAUAUGGAGGACCCCAAAGGCAGUCGAAGCCUCUUCGUGCGCUCCGGUUCAGGCACCGGAGAUGCAGCCACCCUCGAUUUUCCGCAGGCUUCGGACGUCAAGGCCCACCCAGCGGCGGACCUUCACGACUUCAUCGCGUCGUCGUCGAACGACCCCCUGUUCCUCUCUUUUGCAGAUCGAUUGUGCGGAGACGACGGAGAGACCCCAGCAGAGCGCCUCUUCCAGUCCUACUGCCACGCGGUGCUGCUCGACUGCAUGCUGCAGGACAAGUCGCAGACGUUGCAAUCGCUUCUGACGGCAUUCCACUUCCGUGUGAUGUCCCCCAAGUCAGUCUACUUUUCCUUGAGGCUGCAGGACCUGCGCUUUGCCGCGGACUUUUACAGCAAAGUCUUCGACCGGAAGUUUAGCGGACGGACGGAGAACAACCCACGGCCACCUCUCGUCAGGGAGACCACGCUCUCCGGUGCCCUGCGCGGACUCGACACACAGCUGGACGGCUUCCGAGAGACGGAGCUAUUCAAGGCGUUCUUGGCCCGAUACGCUCGAGGAGAGGGGAUACCCUCAUUCUUAGAGGGAUCUGCAGAGUGGAAAGCGUCGCGCGAGCUGUCGUGGUACCUCGAACGCAAUAGUGUCCCCGCGUCGACACUUCUGACCCUUCUCAACGGCCUUGCGCAGAAGGCCCGCCAGGAGUGCCUCGGCAGCCCACCGCCCGCCGGGACUGCAAACGCGGAAGCACUAGAGCUCGGAAUCAAGGAAGUCGCACACGCGACCGGGACGCAGAUGACCACCGCUAUGGGCUCGGGCUGGACCGUGAGCUCCCUGGACGAAGUCAUGGCGGCAUGGAGAUCCCGCAGCUGAUCUCUGCCGCCUUGUGCUCGAAACGCUGCAGGGAUCGAAAAGGAGAUUGGCGAGGAGUUCGCCGCGCCACGCGUCGGAGGGUUUUCGCCUCGGCGUUCUGACGGACGCUUUCCAGCUAGAGAAGUAUCCCCACGAGACUGUAUUCCUAUCACACAAAUUCCAUACCACGCAUUGUUGUACGAUACCGUUAUAGAGGAACUUUCAG